GAUCACAACCUUCUGCUACACCACAGCCAGAGAGGAGGGACGAUUCAACCCCAAACCAAAGGACUCAAAUCAGCUCCAAUAACGACAAAUAAACACUUUUUAGACUGCAGAUAUUUUUGAUUCUGCUCUACUUAACAGGAAGAUGACCAAUCUGUCACAGAGAGCUCUUUUUGUCUUCUUUACAGCACAGGUGUUUACUCAAGUCUGGUCACAGGUGUGUCCUCGGCGAUGCCAGUGCCCUAAGGCGCCCCCCAUGUGUCUCCCUGGGGUGCCUUUGAUCCUGGAUGACUGCGCCUGCUGCCUGGUGUGUGCCCGUCAGAAAGGGCAGGUCUGCUCUGAAGCGAACCCCUGUGACACACGCAAAGGGCUGCAAUGUGAAUACACCGCUGACGUCCACAAGAGGACUGGUAUCUGUGCCGCUCAUGAAGGAGAUGUGUGUGUUUUGGACGGUUCUGUCUAUCAGAACGGCCAGACCUUCUUUCCCAGCUGUAAGUACCAGUGUAUGUGCCGUAAUGGGCAGAUCGCUUGUGUGCCGCGCUGCACCGUGGACGUGAUGCUGCCCGGGCCGGACUGCCCCAUGCCACGCAGGGUCCUGGUGCCUGGAGAGUGCUGCGAGAAGUGGGUGUGUGAGCCCCAGGGCGAGGCCAGUGCACUGGGCGGCUUUGCCAUGGCGGCCUAUCGUCAGGAGGAAACAGUGAGAUUUGACAACUGGGACCCUAGCCUGAACUGCAUUGAGCAGACCACAGAGUGGGGCGCCUGCUCUCAAACCUGCGGCAUGGGGGUGUCCACCAGGGUCACUAAUAAGAAUCGCCAGUGUGAGAUGAUGAAGCAGAGCCGACUGUGUAUGAUCAGACCCUGUGACGACCAGCAGGACCAGACGCAGCUCACACAGCUUGCACCGAAGCGAGGCAGUAAGUGUCAGAGGAUGGUGAGGAGCGACACAGCCGUCCACCUCUCCUAUAAGAACUGCACCAGCGUCCAGGCCUACAAGCCUCGCUACUGUGGCUCCUGCACAGACGGCCGCUGCUGCACCCCCCACAGAACCAAGACUGCCGUGGUGGAGUUCCAGUGUGCCAACGGUAAAACCACCAGGAAACCAGUCAUGGCCAUCCUGACCUGUGCCUGCCACAGCCAUUGCCCCCGAGACAAUGCUGUGUGGCAGCCAUCCGAGCUGGGAUACAGCGGUUAUAGGUCAUAAAGUCACUCUUGAGGGACAAGAGCAUUAUCUUUACUUAAAAAAACAUAAAAACAUGAGUUGCAUUGACUCGAAAUUUUAGAUUAAAACAAGACUGUCUGCGACAUAUCCACAGUGAAAAUAAGAUUAUGUCUGCUUAUUAUGGUUCAGAAUCAUACUUGUAUUCGUAAAAUGAGAAUCCUCUUUUCUUGUUGAGAUCGUAGAGAACUAAAUAGCUCUCUAUCGCUCUCUCCUGGAGAGCGAUUUAGUUUUGUAACAUCCUGUGGACAAAUAACUGUCAUAUUCACUAUGUUAAGUAGAAUCAAAGCACUUAAACCUUGUGAUAUAUUGAUUCUCUCCAUCCAACCACAUCAGACGGUUGGACAAUUGUCUGUAGGUGCUCUUACAUUGUGAAGGUCAACGUAAAACAGCCUCUAUUCAAGAGGUCAAAUAGUAUGAAGGUGUACAGUUACAGGGUAGUGCAGAUAUACAGGAUAGUCAUGGUUGCUUGAAGCCUUCCAACCGGACUGUUUGAUUGACAGUCAGGUCGGCCAAUCAGGAAACAAGACAAAGAGCAUGAAACCACAGUUGGGUUUUGUUCAGCCUAAAAAAAAGAAGCUUCAGCAAUGUAAGGAAGCAAGUAGGUCCUCUUUCAGAAUGAAUUAAAACAUCUACUGUACUCUGACACUUUGACACCUUAAUCUAGAAAAAAAAACUUUAAUAAGAAUACUGCAAUCCCAUUACUUUCAGAUUGAUAAAAAAGAAGAAGAAAGAGAAGCAAGAGGGAAAGAAAGGAUUAUAGGGUGAACUGUUACCUUUUAGUGGCACUGCCAUGGACAUGUUUCAACUAUGGGACACAUUUUUUAAAUAACUGGACUGUGUGCUUUGACCUGGUCCAAACCAAGGGCUCAACCUAUGAAUGAGAGGUCACUGUAGUGACUUAGUGUCAUUUCUAACAUCCGCCUGAAAUUUAACCCCCGUUGUAAAAUGUAUAAUGUCUAUGUUCUCGUCAAUAAAUGCAAAUGUAUGUUGUUGUUUUUUAGGUAUAGAAGGGAUUUUUUUUGUUAAAGCUAGUGCACAUAACAGCUAUUUUUAUAAUGACAAAAGUUUUGUAAAUACUUGCUGUAUAACUUGUUUGACUGAGUGUGUAUCAAAUACACAGAUUUAAUUGGUAACAAUGAUAACAUGAAUUGUAUAUGUUGAUAUGUGGUAUUGUUUUGCUUACUACUUGAAUUAUAUUUCACACUGCUUGUUGUAGCUGUCUAAAUAAUAAUGCAAAACUCAACAUAAAUGUGUAUUUUUUUGUA